AUGUUGGAUGCCAACGAAAAAGUUAUCUCCCGAGCAGAUCAGGAGGCUUUCAACGUGGCUGCACUAAAUCAAAGACCCUCUCCCAAGGAUCAAACUGCAGUCCUCAAAUAUUUGUUCGCCACGGAAUUUGUCUCUCGCAGUUUUAUCAAGAGUAUAAUUGUGAAAGCCACGCGCCGUAGCAGUCUGGACGCGGCUAAAUUUUUGUAUGCCAAAGGUGUGAUUUCACCUGGUAUGAUUGAAACCGCGUUUCUCUCCGCAGUGGACGAGAAUGAAAGUGAUGUCUUGUCGUUUCUGGCAAGACUGGAGCCAUUCCAACAGAGGUUUUGA